AAGAAGAUAUCGCGAGAUUUAGAGGCACCGGUCGUGUCUGUGGAUAUAGUCCAGCCGUAAAGUAACCUCGUAAAAAUGAGCUGCUUUUAUCGAUAAUUAGCAUUGAUAUUUGAUUAUGUACCUGUCAAAUAAUAUAACAUUGCUGCCAUGAUUGAAUAAAUCUGCGUUGUGUAAGCGAAGUAGUAGAGAUGAUCUCAGACGUUAGCAUGCUGGGUUAGCUAAAGGCUAAUGUUAGCAUUCUUGGGAACAACGUGAACAGUUGAUCUUGUGUGUUUAUCCGAGUCGAGUCUUAACGUUUAGAUGAAAAUGAAGUGUCACUAUGAAGUGCUGGGCGUUAAACGAGACGCAGGAGAUGAUGAUUUGAAAAAAGCCUACAGAAAACUUGCGUUGAAAUGGCACCCAGACAAAAAUCUAGACAAUGCUGAGGAGGCAGCUGAGCAGUUCAAAUUGAUUCAGGCAGCUUAUGAUGUUCUGAGUGAUCCCCAGGAGCGAGCUUGGUAUGACAAUCACAGGGAGGCCUUGUUGAAAGGAGGACUGAGUGGAGAUUAUGAGGAUGACAGCAUUGACCUGCUGCAGUACUUCACAGUUACAUGCUACUCAGGUUAUGGAGACAAUGAGAAGGGUUUUUAUACAGUUUACAGGAGCCUCUUUGAGUCAAUUGUUAAGGAGGAGAUGGAACACAGCAGGGGGGAAGAUGAGGAAGAGGAGCAGGAGUUUCCUACUUUUGGAUGUUCUGAAAGCGACUACGAUACGGUCGUGCAUGUGUUCUAUGGCUACUGGCAGAGCUUCUGUACACGUAAAAACUUUGCCUGGAAGGAGGAGUAUGAUACACGACAAGCCUCCAACCGCUGGGAGAAAAGAGCCAUGGAAAAGGAGAAUAAGAAGACUAGAGAGAAAGCACGAAAGGAACGCAACGAGCUGGUGCGACAGCUAGUGGCGUUUGUUCGUAAGCGUGACCGCCGUGUUCAGGCCCACAGGAAGUUGGUGGAGGAGCAGAACGCUGAGAAGCUCAAAAAGGUGGAGGAGCUGAGAAGGCAGCAAAAGCUCAGCCAGGCCAAACUGGCAGAGGAGUAUAAGGAGCAGAGCUGGGCGGCAAUGUCUGAACUUGAAAAAGAGCUGCAGCAGAUAGAGGCUCAAUAUGGGAAGCAGUUUGGAGAUGCAUCAGAAAGUGAGGAAGAAGAGCAGAUUAUGGACACAUCUGAAAAGAACAGUAUGCAGAGAGAAGAUGGAGAUCAACCUGAGGGAGAUGAUAUAACAGCUGACCUUUAUGAAGAUCUCUACUGUCCAGCAUGUGACAAAUCAUUCAAAUCAGAUAAAGCAAUGAAAAACCAUGAGAAGUCCAAAAAGCACCGGGAGAUGGUGGCGUUGCUACGGCAACAGCUACAGGAAGAAGAGGAAUCACUUAGUUCGAACCUGGAGGAAAAGGAGGAAUUAGAAGAGGAAAUUGGACAAGAGGAGGUGGAGGUGGAGGAGGGGGAGGAGGAAGAAGAAGAAAGGCCAAGGCAGAAGCUGUCUAAAAAGCAAAAGAGGAAAAAGAAACAGCAGAAAGUUCCACAAGGUGCUCCAGAGGAGGUGGAGAAACCAACAGUGACCGCCCGUGAGGAGGAUGCUCCUGAGACGGCAGCUGAACCCACAGAGCCUGAGGAGCAAAGUGAUCUCCCUCCCCCAGAAAUCAAGAGCAGCUCUGUGAAGACUAAAGGAAAGAAAGGAGGGAAAGACAAACCGAAAAAUGUCAAGUCGAACACAGGGGGAGAACAAUUUGCUGAGAAGGAAGCAAACCUGCGCUGUGUGACCUGUAACAAUGAGUUCCCCACAAGAAACAAGCUGUUCGACCAUCUAAAGACCAGCGGACACGCCACCGCGCUGUCCUCAAACGCUCCACAAAGCUCUGUGGCCAGGAGCAAAAAAGAAAAGAAGAAGAACAGAUAACACAUCCUCUUCUGGGGUCAUGACUCAGCAGGGACUCUACUCCAAAACUACACUCUGAGAAGCCUCUUUCAAUGGAAGGAGAACUAAAACAGUGGAUUUUAAUGGAUGCCCCAGCAUCUGUUGCCUUAUAAAAGCUCAAGUCUUCCAGAUUGGAAUGAAACUUGCCGAGCUGUAAUUUAGUUAUUUAACAGGACAUAUUGCUGCCUCCAUAUCAAAGAAGCAUUUCCCCUAGUUUGUUUCAGUAUGUCUGUCACUACAUCCUAACAAUAAAGGUGAUGCCACGUGUUGGUAAAUGUCACCUGUCAAAUAACUAUGGGA